AUGCCGAUGUCAAGCGACGAGUUUCUUGCUAUCCAGUAUGAUGCUCUCCGGGCGGCCAAACUUGGGCCAGGCUCGGUGGCAACCAACACCCCGCGGCACCUGCAAAACAUUUGGAAUUGCUCGUGGGUGGGAGGAAGACGCGAGCUGCGCGGUGCCGGCAGCUUACUCUACCCGAAGGAGGAACGGACACGGCAAGGCAUGCUUGGCAACGAGCUCUCGGGAUCCCAGCACCUCUCGCGCGAGAUACAGAUACCCCAACGCAACCCCCUUCGCGCGACACAACACAACCGAGAAGCCGCAUGGAUGACACCUCCCUUGAUGUGGCCCGCGCAUACUCGCCAUGGUCCCUCGGACCGGUGGUCUUUUUUGUCGGCUGAAACUGAAGGAGACCUGACUCCUGUUCAUCCAUCGCCGGGGAUUCUGCAAGAUCUGUUUCCUCUUCCCUGGGUCGUGGUUGAGUGCCCGUCCCCCAGAACGGAUCAUGGGUCAGUAAAACACACCAAAAGCGGGCCAAGCUCUGCCCGCAUCCCCGGAAUGCGCCAUCGACCAUCACCCAUCACCGGGCAGCGUCUCCCCACCACGACCCUCACCUCCUCGCCCGAUGCUUUUUGGUAG